UCUGCCAGCAGGCAAUAGGUGGAAGCUCUGGUAAACAGAGUGCCCACUUGACUGUAUUGUAGCUGUUUCUGACUAUUGGUGGAGGAGUACUGCCAAAUCACAUUGAGGCAUUGAGCCAACUUUCAGAAGGAGCUGGAAAGAAAAAUCCUCAGGAACCUGGAGCUCAAGCAUGAUGAAGCCAAAAUCCUCUUCUUUUUCUGGGUACUUUGUGGGUAUUCUUCUCCUAGAAGUGAUGACAUCAGCAUCAGAAAAGUGGACAGUGACCAUUCCCAUUGGACACUUGGUGGCUAUAGUAGGAGGACAGAUUGAGCUUAGCUGCCAGUUGUCCCCACCACAAAGUGCAAAACACAUGGAGGUGUCCUGGUUCAAAGGUGACCAUUUUACUAGUAAGCUUGUUCACCUAUACAGAGAUGGCCAUGAAGUGAAAGGGGAAGCUGCCCCAGAAUAUGUGGACCGCACAGAGUUUGUGAAAGAGGCCAUUGGGGAGGGCAAAGUGGCUCUCAGACUUCAUAAUAUCCGCGUUUCUGACAAUGGAACAUACCAGUGUUCAUUUAAGGAUGGCAACUUCAGCAAUAUGGCAAGCAUGGACCUGAAUGUAACAGCAUUAGGCUUGGAGACACAGAUCCAUAUUCAGGCUCCUAGAACUGAUGGACUUAUGGUGGAGUGUAACUCAGGAGGCUGGUUCCCACAGCCCCAGAUGGUGUGCAAAGACAGCAAGGGAGAGGUAAUUCCACAUUCAUCACAAUUAUACUCACAGGAUGGAGCUGGAUUAUUCCACAUCAAGAUGACUCUUCUCCUCAGUUACAAAUCACAGGGUGAUAUGAUUUGCUACAUUCACAACCCUCUGUCAGAUGAAGGGAAACAAAUAAAUAUCAUCUUAGCUGAUGCCCUGUUUGUUCCAGUCCACAACUGGCUGAUGAGUUUUUUUAUACUUUCAUCUGCGAUGUUGUUUUUUAUCUUUGUGCUCCUUGUCUACUGGUGUUUCAAAAGAAAAGUGUCCCGAUAUAACUUCAUUCACAUAUUGAACUCAAUUCCUGCUCAAGUACUGGGUUUUGCAUGCUUUUGUGCAAUGCUCAGUAUAUAUCUGCACUUCCGGAUGCAAGUUUCUAUUUCAGAUCCUUUCUUUUCUUUGUAUAAUGACUGGAUAUGGUAUAUGGCAAAGAUGGUAAUAAUUCUGAUGGGAUUUUACAUUGUGCUUAUCACUGCUUUAUACUUCACAGUAAGAGGGCAUUUUAAAAAAAUGAAGAAUAUAUGGAAAAAAUCAACAGAGAUGCAAUCAGCAAAAUGUAGACAUGGAAAGCACUACAAGAAAUGAUCCAAGUUCUUCAAUAAAUGUUGCAAGAAAAUAAAAUGAGAGAAACAGAAGAUUAGCUCUAUUGUUUUAUA